AUGAAAUCCACUCAGUUGGCAGGCAGCAUCGCUGCCGCCGCGCUUGUUGCUGGCGCACAGGCGACGUCGCUUGCGGAUGUCUGCACCGUCUCGCAUGUGCAGUCCUCCCUGCCUCUGGAUGCCUUCACUGGACUUGAGAUCAAGACCAGCUCGGUGACCGCGAGCCCCGUCUACAACGUCUCCGUGAGCGACCAGACCUUCUACCCGGAUGGCACCUUCGACUAUUGCAACGUGACAUUCGCCUACUCGCACGCGGGCCGUGACGACUCGAUUCUUCUGGGCAUCUGGCUGCCCGCCCCCGAUGCCUACCAGAAUCGGUGGUUGUCUACGGGCGGUGGUGGCUUCGCCAUCAACUUGGAGGGCGACUUGAUGCCUGCCGGCCUCCUCUACGGUGCUGCUGCCGGUAUCACAGAUGGAGGGUUUGGGGCCUUCACAACCGACCUGGACGCUGUAUUCCCCAGCGCUAAUGGCACGAUCAACUGGGAUGCGAUCUAUAACUUCGGCUACCAGUCACACCAUGAGCUCAGCGUUAUCGGCAAGGCCUUCACCAAAAAUUUCUUCAACACUACCACGAGCAGUAGCAAGCUCUACUCCUACUACAUGGGCUGUUCCGAGGGCGGCCGCGAGGGGUGGAGCCAGGUGCAACGGUUCCCCGAGGAGUGGGAUGGUGCUAUUAUCGGAGCGCCGGCGAUCCGCUACGGCCAGCAGCAGGUCAAUCACCUCUUCCCCAACGUGGUUGAACAGACGCUGGGCUACUACCCCCCGUACUGUGAACUGGAGAAGAUCAUGAACCUGACAAUAGCUGCCUGUGACGAGCUGGAUGGCAGAAAGGACGGCGUCGUCGCGCGGACUGACCUCUGCCAGCUGCACUUUGACCUCAACUCCACCAUCGGGGAGCCUUACUACUGCGCCGCCGAGACUACCAGCGAUAAUUUGAAGAAGCGAUCCUCCCACGCCAAGCGCCUGACUGUCUCCAACGCCACCCCGGCCCAGAACGGCACGGUGAGUGCCAAGGGCGCCGAGGCAGCCGCCACGAUGCUCAAGGGUCUCCACACUCUAGAUGGCAAGCGGGCCUACAUCUGGUUCCAGAUCACCUCUGCCUUCAGUGACGCCGAGACCCAGUACAACAGCGACACCGACAGCUAUGAGCUCGACAUCGACGCGCUUAGCGGCGAGUGGGUCGCCCGUUUCCUGGAACUGGUCGAAGCCGAUAACCUCUCAAGCCUGGAUAACGUCACCUACGACACCCUCCGCGACUGGAUGGAGCUGGGCUGGCGCCGUUAUGGUGAUUCCCUGCAGACUACCUACCCCGACCUGAGCGCCUUUAAGGAGGCCGGUGGUAAGAUCAUCCACUACCACGGGGAGUCGGACCCCAGUAUCCCGACUGGAUCCUCCGUUCAUUAUCACGAGUCCGUCCGCAAGAUCAUGUAUCCGGAUCUUAUUUACAACCAGAGCACGGACGCUAUGGCUAGCUUCUACCGCCUGUACCUGGUCCCUGGCGCUAGUCACUGCGCGACCAACGCCUAUGAGCCGGGACCCUGGCCCCAGGAUAACAUGGCGGUGAUGAUUGACUGGGUGGAGAAUGGAGUGGUGCCCGUUACCUUGAACGCGACUUACCUCUCGGGCGAGGAGAAGGGCAGCAACGCCCAGAUCUGCGCCUGGCCCCUCCGUCCCUUGUGGAAGAACAAUGGCACGGUCAUGGAAUGUGUGUACGACCAGGCCUCGAUUGACACCUGGCAGUAUGACUUCAACGCAUACAGCCUGCCUCUUUACUAG